ACGUCACUGUGAACACAGGAACAGGAAUGUUUGAGUCAUGCUGGGUCAGCUGAGGAUAAACCUGCAAUGUGAUAAUGCAAUGAUUUUUAUCACUGACUAAAAUCUGACUCAUUAUGAUACGGCUAUUUCCAUUUCAAUAACUAUUGGACAUCUUAUUAGAGACCUGGUGCACAGGUCGUGGUUUCUAAUCCUUCUGUUCUUGAAGGUUGUGCAAUUAUUCAUACAAUUGUAAGUAGUACCAUCCAUAGGCACACGUUAAUAUGUCGGUUCACAGAAAAACAAACAAGACACAAUCCCGGUUGUACAAACGCGGAACUCCUUAUCUCGACUAGAAGUUUCAUACGGAAUUUCCUUCCGGCGAACCUCUAGGGCUGCUGUUCUCAUAGGAACAAAACUGACGGAGUGCACACAAAGCUGUUGUAGAAUAAAUGGUAAUUGUGUCUUUUUCUUUCCCCAGCUACCUUCGGCAGUCUUUGUGGUUUGUGAUGACUUGUGAAAAGUAAACACACAGUUUGAGUUCACCCAGAAAGAAAGUGCUAAAGGCUCAAAGUGCACAGAAUGCUGUUGGAUGUUCAGUUCAUCAACAGAGAGACCGAAGUACUCUAAAAGCCUAUAAAUGUCAUUUUAUGGUCAUUUGUGUAUUUCAGGUUUCUACAUUGAGGGCAGUUUGAACCAUGUCCUGAUGUUCAGCCUUUAAAAGCCAUGCAGGACAGUGAGGAUCUUGAGGCCCAGUUAGCUUCUAAGGAGAGGGAAUGGAAAGAGCUUCAGGCCUUGCGUAUUCAGCAGCUGGAGACUGCACUGUCUGAGGCCACCAGUGAACUUUCCACCCAGAGAGAGCACUUCCUGCGUUUGCGGGAUGAUUUCCAGUACAACCUGCGUGUGCUGGAGGAGCGGGACCGAGAGCUGGAGCGCUACGAUGCGAUGGCUGUCCGUGUCCAGACUGAAGACAGUGCCCGGCAGACGGAGCUCAGUGAGCUGAGCAUCCAGCUAGCCAAACUGCAGGAUGCCCUGGGAGAAGGAAAAAAGCAAUACGAAGAUUUGCAGGCUCAGUAUCAGAAGAGGGGAGUAGAGCACCGGAUACAGAUGGAGAGAGUGUACAGUCUGAAGGAGGGUGAGAUUCAGACACUCAGAGAAGAGAACGAGACACUGAGACGUGACCUCCAACGGCGAAUCCAGGCAUCAGAUGGGGAGUUGGCACUACAAAAACAGGAAAUGUUAGCAGACUUCGACAGCGAGAUGCGAAAACGGGAACAUGAGUUCAACCUGAGACUGGAUGAGAUGCGUAACGUUGUGCUGUCUCAUGAGCUCAAGGUGCAGCUUCUGAAUAAAGAGUUGGAUGUUCAUGCCAAAGGCCGUAACGAGGCUGUCGAGGCACUGCAGCUGUCUGAGCACCUCUGUCAACAAGCACAGAAAGAGAUCCUUCAAAGAGACUGGGAUCACAGGAACACAUCUGCAGUCAAAGACUCAAAGAUACAAGGGCUUGAGGAAAAAAUGACCCAAAUGAAGGCUAAACAUAAAAAAGCAGAAGAAGUCAGCAACAGGAAGCAUGCAGAGUUGGAGCGCAGGGCCCGAGAGAGAGAAAUGGCUCUGGAGGCCAUGAAGGAGGCUCACUUCUCUGACCUGCAGGAGGAGAAAAAGAAAGCCACGCAUCUCCAGAUGCAGCUGGACAGCCUGGUCCUGGAACAGGAGAGGAGAGAUAAAAAACAUGCAGAUGAGAUGUCACACAGAGAGCAGCAGAUCCAGGAGCUCCAUGCGCAGCUAGAGAAAACACAGGCCAGCUGGGAUGCUUACAUCACACAGGUCUCUAAAGAAACAGUUGCCAAGGACACGGAGCUGCUGUCUGCGUUGGACAGACAGGCCAAAAUCAGAGCAGAGCUGGAGAAAUGUAAAGAGGAUUCAGAGAGGUAUAAGCAGCAGUUGGCCAAUGCUGUUCAGAGGGAACAGGCUCUGGAGCAGAAGCGUGUGCAGUUGGAGCUGGACUGGGAGCGGCGCUGUGAGGAUGUACGUGCUGAACACUACCUCAGGAGUGAGGAGCUUAUCCACGGGCUGACCCAGUCCAGAGAAAAGGUAAAUGCUGAAUUGAUGGAGAAGGAGCAAGAGCUGCAGGAAACAGUUGCUUUGCUAAGGAGCGUGACCAUAGAGAGAGACCAGGCUCUGCGUGGACUUACCUCAAACACAGCUUCUCAGGUAAUUGGAGUGGAAAGCAGCAGUUUUCCUUCAGAGGAGAUCCGGCGGCUCCAGCAGCAGAACAGUAGCCUGCGGGAGGUGGUAACUGAGAUGAGGAGACAAAUGGAGACUCUCAGCACAGAAGUAGCCCUACCUCAGAAUCCAAUGACAACUCAGCACAGUGACCCUAUACCCUCCUCCACUGCAGGAAUUACAGAAUACAACCAGGCACUAGAAGAGGAACUACAAAACCUGAAGGCUAAAUGUAGACGUCUUGAAGAUCAAUUAGAAGAAACGUCUAAGACAACAAAUCGCAUUCCCACUUCUACAAGUGUGCUUCCUGUUUCCCCUGAUAAUGCCUACCUUCAAAACCACAUCAGAUCCCUUAAUGAAACUAUAGGUGGACUGCGAGCUGAAAAAGUAGCCAGCGCUGCUGCUUUGAAGAAACAGGAAGUGAGGCUGGCCCACUUGGAAUCAAUUGUGACUCAAGUCACACAGCAGUGUCACUCAAGACAAAUGGAGAACGAAGUGCUACGAUUAGAACUGGCAAAUCAAAAAAGAGGAGCAGCAGCUGAAGAGGCAAGCUUGAAGCAGAGGUUGACUGCUGCAGAGAUGCAGCUAGAGGAGGUGAAAAGAGAGGCAGAAGAGUACCAAAAAGGCAGCGUUCUUCAUAAUCUGCAGACAGUUGCACUGGGCAACCAGGUGUCUGCACUGAAACUGGACAUUGCAAGCAGGAGAGAGCCCAUCAUACAUACACAGAGCGAGAUGGUGAAGCAGCUUCAGGAGGAGAAUCUCAGCUUGAGACAGCAGCUGCUGUUACAGGAUACUGGCAGAGGACAUGAUCUUGGCAAUCCCCGUCAGCUCCAAACCAAACUUAAGCAGGCAGCUCGUUUGAUAUCUCGCCUCAGCCAGGACAAACAGCAGCUCAUAGAGAUGGGCAACAGACUCAGGGCUCAGCUGAUAGAGUCAGGGUUGGAUGAUUUGCAGCAUUCUGAAACAAGGUCCAAACCUAGCCUUUGUGAGAAAGAAACCUCUAAAGAUGAAUCUGAUGCCCAACCACAUGGUCGUUUAUCUGCCCUGGAACAACUUCAGUACAAGCUUACCAAUCAGGAACUGCAGUAUGCUCAGAGAGAUCAGAGUAAGAAAAAUCCCGUUACAGUUCGUCCCCUGUCUGGGAGUGGUGCCAGUGACACCAACCCAUGGGACCUGCCAACAAGAGUUAGAGUCCAGCAUGGAUUCAGUAAAGAGAACACUCCCCCUGUUCAUUCUCAGUCCAAGGGCCCAGUUCAUCAGGCCAACUCUCCUCAAACCCUGCUGUCCUCCGUGGGUACUGAUGAGUCACUGCAGGAUGUGUGGAAGAUGCUGGAGCAUGGCUUGAGUCCCACAAUGCUCACUCCUAGUAACAGUGAGGACCAAGCCAGAGCCGAAGAGCACAGAAACACGCCACGUCCCGGAUUACCAGUUAGGGUUCAGGGCUCGAAAGCAGCGAUCCAGGAAAGAAAGAAACAAGCCAGAACUACAUCUGAACCUGGUAAAAAGGCAAGGCCUGCUGGUAAAGCAAUCAAUAUUCGAAAUUACAACAUUAAAGACUGAAACUAAGCAGGUACAAAAUGUGCCAUCUCAACGACAUUUUGAAAUUAAUAUUUAACAAACCCGAUUUUAAUGAUUUGCCAUCACAUGGACCAUGUUAAAUUACAACUUCAUAUAAAGCAGAUAUCACAUAGAUGUUGAAAUGUGAGAUCAGUAGCCUUUCCUUAACUCUAAAUGAGGGUUACACACUGCACAUACUGUAAAUGGUACAUAAGAUCACCAUUAUUACAUAAAUACUGCACUGGGGGAAACCAUGGAAAUUGAACAAGAACAGCUGUAAGUUUUCAGAUAAGAUUGUUUUGGCUAAGCAAUGUGAAGUCAUUGAAAAUUAAAUAUUUUGGUAAUAAUAAAAUAUUUUUAUACUCAAUAA